AUGUUACAUGGACUUUUAUCGCCAUCAGGAGCAGAUUUGCAUGGAUCCGCAUCCAACCUAUUCGCGUCCUACCGAAUAUUUUGGUCCAAACGCUCAGAAAGCAUGCGACAACAGUUUGCUGGACGGAAACGAAGAAAGACGUUUGAGAAUCGCCCGUUUACCGAUGCUGCUCGGUUUGGCGUUCAACAGGUUGCCACCGCCUCGCUUCCCGGCUUGGUACAAGAUUGGAUUUGGCGUCAUCCUGGACGAGAAAUAUUGGCAUUGUGUGACGUACCGGGAGAGGCAAAAGUGAUACCAGUCAUUCUUCAAGUGCAGCUUUAUCUGUCCACUUCAUCUGCCGAUGGUCAACGAAGGUUCAGUCUGUUUCAGUUGGACGCGUUCAGUUCGGAGCGGUCGCACAUGACGAUGACAUUCGGAUCAAGCGCGGAUUUGAGCGCAGAAAUAACUCACAUUGAACCACUGAUUGUUCAAGGGUGCCAUCGACGAGGCGUGUUGACUCGAUCCGUUUCCGGACUGAUGCAAUUGUGGGAUGNAACCUGUCCUGUCUUAUCGGGGUUCGGAUUGUGGUCGUUUGCACACUUGGGCAUCCCAUAUUUCUCCCAAACCAGUGGUUGA